AAUUAACGUCAACAUAAUCAGCGACGCCCUGCGUUUCAUAACUUGAGAGUGUCCAUAGGCCAACCAGCAAAAAUUAAAUGAUUUCAAAAGUCGCUCGAUCGUCGGGGAGCGAUUCCUCGAACAUGUCAUGACGUAAUGAAAUAGGUCGUAGAAGGGCAGUUCUUCACAGAGACGUCCCUUUUUAAACUUUUUUUUAUUUAAGUACGUAUGCGACUGUGACUGCUGAGUUGUCAACCUGAAAUUUUGCACGCGGAAGUAAUAGCAACUUUUCAGCACACCCUAGAAAGGCCCACAAACACGGCGCGUUAAAAAAAUCUUUGAUUGUUUUCAACAGACGAUAAUAACAGGGGGUCAUAUUAGGCUGAUGCACGAAAAAGUUCCCGACAUAUCAUGCGACGUGCUGGAAAAGUGGCGGAUGUCGACCAGACGCAGGCCAUUCACGGGAGGUCGUGAUUGGCCGACGACCGGCUGGAUUCGGCCAUCCUUCUGACGCGUCGUACGACCUGUGGAGGGUUUGAUAAAAAGAGUUCGAUGCAAACCUCCCCCACCCCUCCCCAUCCCUCGACAAGCUGUCGCCUGUUUGUGGCCAUGAAAAAAAGAAAACCGUGUGAGAAUACCAUUUCACGAUCAUUGACAUUUUCAGGUAUUUCUUUAUAGAUAGCUAUUUAGCUCAAGGCACAGAACUGUUAAAUAUGUUGCAUCUUAUAGUAUCUUUAUUUUCGUAUAAUCGUGUUGUGUUUCCUCCUAGCACUACUUUGGACUUCACAAAAGACGAGAAUAUUUGGGCCUGCCUAAUAGGAGCGCUUCCACUUCAUAUGUACCGAUCUUGUCUGGAUCAGAUGGUCGUUCAAAGAUACCUGGCAUCGAGGACCCUCGAAGACGCCAAAUGGACUGCAGGAGUUGGAUUAACACUCUUAUCAUUAUUCCAUCUGAGCCUAAUAGGCAUUGGAAUAUUGCUAAUCUACUGGUUCAGGGACUGCGACCCUCUGUUAUCGGGUUCCAUCAAGCAACUGGACCAGAUCCUGCCCUUCUACGUGAAGGAGCAUUUCGCUGAAUUUCCUGGAUUUUCCGGGCUCUUUCUAGCUGGAGUUGUUUCUGCGGCCAUCAGCACAAUAUCGUCCAUUAUCAAUUCCCAAGCCGCUGUGCUGUAUACUGACGUUGUGUCGCAGUAUUUUACGCUGACCGAACUUCAAGCCACGAGGGUGACGAGAUGCCUCGCGCUUGCAGCCGGCACCGUCAUGACACUUUACAGUGCUGCUAUACCUUACAUGGGCUCUGCGAGCAGGAUAUUCAUGAUGGUGUACAACGCCGUUACUGGACCUUUCGUCGGUCUCUUUCUGAUGGCCCUCAUUUUUCCAUGCGUCAAUAGUAAGGGUGCCGGAACAGCAACAGUGCUGGCGAUCGCCUUCGAAUCCUGGCUCAUGUGCAAUAAGUUUCUCAUGGACGUUCGGCCUCAACGGAUUCCGGUUACACUUGACAACUGCCCAGGAAACCACACUACAUUCCUAACAGGAACAAGCAACGAAACUUUCGUUUCAACACCAAAUGUUCCGCAGGAUCUCUUCAUACUUUUGAAGUUGUCAUCCUACUGGAGUAACUCAAUCAGCACAAUUCUCACAAUUCUACUGGGACUGGCAAUGAGUGCCUUAACAGGUGGUCUAAAAAAUUCCUCAAAGAUGGAGCACUUGACUAGUGAUGUUUUCCUACGCCUCUGGAGAUGGAUGAAAUUAAUCUCACCUGCAGAUGUUGCAGUGCAAGUUUCAUCAAAUCGUCACCUGCGCGAGAAGGCGUCGGCGGACUUCAACCCUGAAGAAACGUGGGAGCUGACAAGAGAAACAAAAGUUUAAAUAA